UUUUGUGUCUACCUCAAUCCUCGCGGUUAUCCUCGGUCGCGCGCACGCACACGGCUGCAGAAAACAUUUCCUCUCAAAUGAGGGGGUCGCGGUGACUUGAACCCCCACCCCCUCUCCCCCAAUCCUCUUGCGCCCGCCUCGGCGGUGAUUGUUGACAAAGACGCAACAAGACCGAGUGGAGGACUUAUGUAUUAUUGGCUGUAAUAACCCGUACAAGAUCUGUGCAUAUGCAGACGCUACUCCUUCGACUUCACAAGGGUUUGGGACAGGGAGCAAGGGAUCGUGAGCGCCUUCAAAACCGUGUGGCCGAGGCGAUUCGGUAAUCGGUAGCGGUGGAACCGCAGACCCCAGCGAAUGAAGAGGACGUCCCCCCUCCCUGAAACCACGACCACCAUUACCGUAUUCACCGACAGAAUGAGCUCGGGUCUUGGCAUGCGUCCGUCUGACUGAAGAGCGCCCAAAGUAUUCUGUGUUGAGAGGGAGACCAGGGAACAGGAGGGGUCUAGACGGGGAUGGUGUAAGGCUAAACCGUUAGGCAGUCUGGAUCUAUCCGGAGACCCGUCGUUCCCCCGGAGCCUGCGCGGCCCCAAACCGCGUCCCGAGCCCUCCAAAAUGGGGAAGUGUGAUGGGAGAUGCACGCUGGUGGUGAUAUGUUCGCUGCAGUUGGUGGCAGCACUGCAAAGACAAGUGUUUGAUUUCCUUGGGUACCAGUGGGCUCCCAUCCUUGCCAACUUCCUCCACAUCAUGGCCGUCAUACUGGGGGUGUUUGGCACCGUGCAGUUCCGUUCCAGAUACCUCGUACUGUAUGCAGUGUGGCUGGUGCUGUGGGUGGGAUGGAACUCUUUCAUCAUCUGUUUCUACCUGGAAGUGGGACACCUGUCUCAGGACAGAGACUUCUUGAUGACAUUCAACACGUCCCUCCAUCGUUCCUGGUGGAUGGAGCAUGGCCCUGGUUGCCUUGUAACGCCGGUGUUGGACUCCCGCAUCGCCCCUGACGACCACCAUGUCAUCACAGUGUCCGGGUGCCUCCUUGACUACCAGUACAUUGAGGUGCUGAGUUCAGCCCUUCAGGUCCUAUUGGCUCUUUUUGGCUUUGUGUAUGCCUGCUAUGUGAGCAAAGUCUUCCAGGAUGACGAGGAUAGCUUCGAUUUUAUCGGUGGGUUUGACUCCUAUGGUUAUCAGCCCCCACAAAAAACCUCCCAUCUUCAACUGCAGCCUCUGUACACUGCCGGGUAGGUGUAUGUGGCGCCCCCAUGAGGCCAGACGCUGAAGGUACCACAGCGGAUGGAGUCAGUUGCCAUGGAAACACUCACUGUCUGUGUCACAAUUCAACGGAGCAAUGGACUCACCUUCCAGAAAGAAAGCUGUGUGUGUGUGUAUCAGAGAGAGUUUGUGAGAUUGAUGUCCCUAUAUAGAAUGUAUAGAGCUCAGGGGGGGAACUAGCUCCUCCAGGGGAGUGAGUGAGGGGGGGGUGGGCGAAGGGGGUGAGGGUGGUCAGUGACAAUGAGACACUUGUAAGGACAUUUAGGAGGACACCCUUCACUAAAACAGCCAGCUCUUCACACUUCACACUAUCACUAUCGUCUGUGUGGGUUGGGUGGUGGCAGAGUAGAUUGAGGGGGGAGGGAGGGGGGGGGGGUGUUGAGCUCUACAGGACUAGUUGAUGCUUGGUGGAUUAAGCCCUGGACUCUUCUGUGAGGUGCCUCUGUGUUUUUGGGUCACAUGGGCCACGGCUCUUCAUGUUGUCGUUUUAGAAUGUUAUGAUGUCAUAAUAGAGCAGUCGUACCAACGCCAAAUUCCUAACCUGUCCCUUUCCCUAAUCAAAUCCUCACCAGUUUUUAAACCAACACCAGAAAUUCAACUCAGUACAAUACAGACGCUUCCUUGUACCCGUGCUGUAAUCUAUAGGCAUAUGGGUGGUCUAAGCAAUAGAGAGGAUGUCCUCUACCAGGAAUUAGAUUCCUCUUGUCCAGUUUCAAUUCAGGGUGGGGGGAACUCCCCAUCAAGGAAUGCUAGCUAAUAAAGACUAUUAGGACACACAUUAGUGGAUGUGCUGGUCUUACGUCGCAGCAACAUUCAGCUAGGUCUUGGAACAGUUGGCCCAGGCAUGUACAGUAAGUGGUGGAUUUGAUUAGAUCUACUUGGAAUUUGGAUGGGUUUGGAAUCAGGCUUUAGUGUCAACAUGGGGAAAGCAGUGGGGGUUCUUGUGCAUGUAAAUAACCAGCUGAUGAUUGUUUGUUGAUUUGUGUUGAGCGAGACGGAAAGGGGAGGGCACACGUCUUGUGCUGUCACCUUGAAUAAGCUCCAGAAAUGUGCUCCUCUUUGCCUGCUUCUCUCCUCCUUGUAGCCUUUCUUUCCUUUCUCCGAUGGAAUGGCUGUUCUGUGCUGAAUAUGUUGGUGCGAUGGAUGAAUGAGUCAUUCCACCAACAUAUGGUGAGAAAGGUACCAUUUGUUGCUAGGGGGGAGGAAGCGAGUAUACAGAAGGUUGUUAGGAGGAGAGAAAAGGUGUUUCUGAGUUGUUUGAUUGAAAGAGGAAGACAGGUGUGAGGUUAAUCUCUCAUUUGUUUGUAGUCAGAAAGUUUGGAGAAAUAAAAACAAAAAAAAAAAAAAAA